UCAGGGGGUUCUGGAGAUUGUCUCAGAGGGGUGUCUGGAGCCUGGCAGUGAGGGCCAGAGGGCAGAGACAGAGAGAGACACAGCAAAGGAAAGACACAGGGAGAAAGAAAGAGAAGGACCCCAAAGGGACAGGGACCCCAGUAUUCAUCGACAUAGCCUCAGCCACAGCGGGAGCCAGCCCAGGGAGAAGCUCUGCUGCUGGUCUGUCCCCAUGGGCCACCCUGGGCCAUGGUUGCAGGCGUCUCUCCUCUGGGCUGCUGUGGCCAGCCUGCUCCUCCCCCCUGCUAUGACCCAGCAGCUGAGAGGGGCUGGGCUGGGCCCCAGCAACUUGAACAACAACGCAGGCAUCCCCGGGCCCACAGAGGACGCAUCAGGCAAGUUCGGUCACUCCGGGCAUAGCCAUAGAAGCCAUGGGGAUGAGAACAGCGAUGUCUCCACGGAGAGUGGGCAUCAUUUCUGGGCCUCUGGAGACCACGGAGAAGAGGAAGAAGAUGUCUCCAAAGCAGCCCAUCCCCGCCAAGGCCACAGGUACCAAGGCCACGAGGUGGGAGAUGAGAACAUCUCUGAGGAGGAGGGAACCACAGCGCAUGCUCCGCAGGCGGGUGGGCACAGAGGCCGUGGGAGCAAAGACAUGGAUGAUUCAGCUGAGCCCAGGCACCACUUCCCCAGCCAUGGGAGCCACGGCCACCAAGACGAGGAUGAGGAUGAAAUUGUGUCCAGCGAGCGACACCAUCAUAUCAUCAGGCAUGUACGCCGAGGCCAUGGAGAAGAGGAGGAGGAAGAGGAGGAGGAAGGCGGCAUCUCCACCGAGUAUGGACACCAGGCCCACGGGCACCGAGACCACGGGAUGGAAGAGGACGAAGACGUCUCAGCUGGACGUCACCAUCACGGCCCCAGCCACAGACACCGAGGCCAUGAAGAAGAAGAAGAUGACGACAAUGACGGUGACUCCGCUGAGUACAAAUAUCAGACGCACGGGCAUCAAGGCCACGAGAAGGAAGAGGAUGGAGACGUCUCAGACUCGCACCACCAUCAUGUCCCUGGCCACGGACACCCAGGCCACAGAAAUGAGGAAGAUGAGGAUGAGGUCGUAUCCACUGAACACUGGCACCAGGUUCCCAGACAUACCCACCAUGGCCUUGGAGAUGAGGAGGAGGAAGGAGAGGAGGAGAUCACGGUCAAGUUCAGCCACCAUGCUGCAAGCCCCCAAGCCCAAGGCCACAAGAGCACUGAGGAGGAGGAGGACUUCCCAGACGAAUAUACGAGAGAGAGCCCUGGUCGUCACCACCCCGGGGUCCUCAAGGAGGAAGAUGAGGACAUCUCCACCAAGCUUGGCCACCAGCCUGCCAGCCACAGGCAGCAAGGCCACAGAGGAUCCAUCAAAGAAGAGACUAGCUCCCGUCCCCGGGAACACAUGGGGGUCAAGGAUAGAAGCCAUUUAGGGGAGGGUGAUUCCGAGGAGGAAGAGGAAGAGGACCACAGCUCCCCUGAAGAGGAUGGUGAAGGUUCAGAAGAGGAAGGAGAAGGCACCCACCAGGGCAGCCUGGACCGGGAGGAUGAGGAAGACGAGGAGGAAGGUCAUGGCCUCAGCCUGAGCCAGGAGGAGGAGGAGGAAGAGGAGGAGGAAGAAGAGGAGGAGGAGAGGAGGGAAGAGAGGGCUGAGGUUUGGGUCCCACUGAGCCAGGACCACCAGGAGGAAGACGACGAGGAGGAGGAGGAGCUGCCCGUCACCAUCAUCCCCAACCCACUGGCUGGGAGGGAGGCGGGAGGUGCCUCCAGCGAGGAGGAGAGUGGUGAGGACGUGGGUCCCCAGGGUGCCCAGGAAUACGGAAACUACCAGCCAGGAUCCCUGUGUGGCUACUGCUCCUUCUGCAAUCGAUGCACUGAAUGUGAGAACUGUCACUGUGACGAGGAGAACAUGGGAGAGCACUGCGACCAGUGCCAGCACUGCCAGUUCUGCUACCUCUGCCCGCUGGUCUGUGAAACAGUCUGCAGUCCAGGAAGCUACGUCGACUAUUUCUCCUCUUCCCUGUACCAAGCCCUGGCAGACAUGCUGGAAACUCCAGAAGCCUGACCCCCACCCCCCACCACCCCCGCCUCGCGGCUGCGGAGCAGACACAUCUCCCUGGCCCUCCAGCCCCUUUCCAGAGCCAUAUUUAUUUCUCUAAAUAAACGUGCUCCCCGAAACCUCAUAGUCAGGCCUGGGGUCUGGAUCCUCUGGACACUGGGGAACGCGGGUGGGAACUGGGAUCUUGGAUUCUCGAGUCUGAGGGAGGAGAGGGGUCCUCGUUGGUGUGCUAGGUCCUGAUAAAUAAAUCAGUCGACACGGGA